CGAGUUAAACCCCAACGAGUACUGAUCAAGAAAAAGAAUUCUCAAAAAAUGGCAGCAUCAUUGAACAUUCUUAUCGUAGCUGUAGUCUCCCUUAUCGCCUUCUCUCCUCUUUGUUUGUGUUCCAAAGCCUACGGAAGUGGAGGCUAUCUCUUCCCGCAGUUCUACGAUCACUCAUGUCCUAAAGCUCAAGAGAUUGUUCAGACCAUUGUCGCUAAAGCAUUCGCACAGGAUCCUCGCAUGCCUGCCUCGUUGCUUAGACUCCAUUUCCACGAUUGUUUCGUGAAGGGGUGUGAUGCUUCCAUACUAUUGGACAACAGUGGAACCAUAAUCAGCGAGAAACGAUCAAACCCUAACCGAAACUCAGCCCGUGGUUUCGAACUCAUCGAAGAAAUCAAACAUGCCUUAGAACAAGAGUGUCCUGAAACAGUUUCUUGUGCUGAUAUCUUGGCUCUCGCCGCGAGAGACUCGACCGUCAUUACAGGUGGACCGAGCUGGGAUGUACCACUAGGGAGAAGAGACGCGAGAGGAGCAAGCUUGAGUGGUUCUAACAACGACAUUCCUGCUCCCAACAACACAUUUCAAACCAUCCUCACUAAGUUCAAGCGUCAAGGCCUCAAUCUCGUUGAUCUUGUCUCUCUCUCUGGAAGUCACACCAUAGGAAACUCGAGGUGUACAAGUUUCCGACAGAGGUUAUACAACCAGUCAGGCAACGGAAAGCCUGAUCUAACUUUAAACCAAUACUACGCUUCCAUGUUGCGCAAGCAAUGUCCAAGAUCCGGUGGUGACCAAAACCUCUUCUUCCUCGACUUCGCGACGCCCUUCAAGUUCGACAACCACUACUUCAAGAACCUGAUAACGUACAAAGGGCUAUUGAGCUCUGACGAGGUACUGUUCACGAAGAACAAAGAUUCGAGGGAGCUGGUGAAGCUCUAUGCGGAGAAUCAAGAGGCCUUCUUCGAGCAGUUCGCGAAAUCGAUGGUGAAGAUGGGGAAUAUUUCUCCAUUGACUGGUGCGAGGGGAGAGAUCAGGAGAAUCUGUCGGAGGGUUAACCAUGUUUAUUAAUCAAAUCCUUUUAUACGUAAAACUCAUGGUUUAGUUUCAUGCAUCUGUUUGGGCGCAUGGACGUGUUUCUUUUGGCUUUUUGCAUGUAUAAAAUGUGUGUAUUGUAUUUGUAUGAUUUUGUUUCGG